AUGCGUAUUGCUGUUACACUUGGAGUGCUGGCAGCUCUUCCCAAUGUCUUUGCCUCCGCACACGCUCACGAUUAUUCUCUCAACCACUCUCACGAAGAAUACCGACGCGCCACAGAGCCUCAAUAUGAUUACAUUGUCGUGGGCUCGGGACCCGGCGGUGGCCCUCUUGCGGCCAGAUUAGCUAUCGCCGGAUUCAAGGUCCUUCUUCUCGACGCAGGAGAUGACCAGGGUGAUGCAAUCACUCAACAGGUUCCUGCCUUGCAGUUGCAGUCCACUGAAUAUGAACCCAUGAAAUGGGACUAUUUUGUGAACCAUUACCCCGACCUGUCACGUCAAGAGGAAGAUUCGAAAAUGACCUACCAAACCCCAUCUGGCGAACUUCACGUUGGACCAAAUGCACCCAAUGGGUCUGAACCACUUGGGAUUCUCUAUCCCAGAGCCGGCACUCUGGGAGGAUGCUCGGCACAUAAUGCCAUGAUCACCAUCUAUCCAUACGAGAACGACUGGGAACAACUUGCAAGCCUGACGGGUAAUACUUCGUGGUCUGCUAAACACAUGCGGAGCUACUUCCAAAAAUUGGAGCGCAACCGAUAUCUGCCCAGCAGCCUUUCUGGCCACGGCUUUGAUGGAUGGCUGACGACCAGUCUUACCGACCUGCGUCUGGUGGUCGAGGAUCAAAAGCUACUCUCGCUGAUUCUUGCCGGUGCGACUGCAGCAGGCCGAGGUUUGCUGGGCGGGUUGAUUACCACCAUCACCGGCCUCGCAGGGGUCUUGACGCGUGAUCUGAACAACGAUUUUCCUUCUCGCGAUUACGACCAGGGGCCGUAUCAGGUACCCCUUGCUGUUGACGUACCUUCUUAUAAGCGAACAGGCCCGCGAGACUUUGUGCUCAAGACUGCGAAUGCAGUCAAUGAAGACGGCUCUCGGAAACACCAUCUCGAUAUUCAGUUGACCACCCUCGUCACCAAAGUUCGGUUUGAUACCACUGGCAGCCAGCCACGUGCUGUGGGAGUUGAUUACAUUCGAGGAAAGAGUCUUUACCGAGCUGAUCCCCGCGCGUCGAAGACAGCAUCUGCUGGCACACCGGGCAGUGUCAACGCCACUCGCGAAGUCAUUCUGUCCGCUGGAUCUUUCAACACGCCGCAACUGCUCAAACUCAGCGGAAUUGGCCCGCGCGACGAGCUCACAAAGCUCGGCAUCAGUACGUUGGUUGAUUCGCCUGGCGUUGGGACCAAUCUACAAGAUCGAUACGAAACCGGCCUUGUUGGGAAAACCCCGACCGACUUCGUGUUGACUUCCAAGUGCACAUUCGGGUAUUCGCAACCGGACCCCUGCCUGGAGCAAUGGCAAAAUGAUGUUCUGUUCAAGGGCACUUAUACCACAAACGGUAUCGCCAUUGCAAUCAUCCGCAAGUCCUCCAUUGCCGAGGAUGAACCGGAUCUUUUGAUCUCCGGAGCCCCCGCCAAUUUCCCGGGAUACUACCCCAACUACUCCUACGAAGGUCUCAAAGACGCUCGACACUGGACAUGGAUCACCUUGAAAGCGAGGAGCCACAACAACGCCGGCACAGUCACCCUACGAUCCACAGACCCUCGUGACAUGCCCAUCAUCAACUUCAACUCGUUUGAUGCGGGCGUGACCGAAGGAGGUGCCGACGAAAAAGACGUGCAGGCCGUGUACGAAGCGAUGCAGUUCUCCCGAAAGAUCUUCCAUGAUUUGAUCCCGCUUGACGGUGGCUUCGAGGAAGUCUGGCCCGGUCCCAAUGUCACGACUGAGGCUGAGAUGAAGGACUUUAUCAAGAGAGAAGCAUGGGGGCACCAUGCAUGCUGCACUGCGGCCAUUGGAGCAGACGGUGAUGCAAAGGCGGUGCUGGACUCCGAUUUCCGGGUUCGUGGAGUGGACGGGCUUCGAGUUGUGGAUGCUUCGGUGUUUCCCAAGAUUCCUGGCUAUUACAUUGCCCUUCCGAUCUAUAUGAUCAGUGAGAAGGCAGCCGAUGUGAUUAUUGCCGAGGCAAAGUGA